CCUCCUAUCCCCGUCCCUGACCUAAACCCCCCACAACGCCCAGCACUCGCGCUCGAGUACGCACGCAGGCGCCGCCCAACCAGGCACCCGCACGAGCGCCGCCGCCCGCCGUCGCCGGCGACGAGCCGCCCCCCGCCGGCAAGGAGGAGCGCCGGCUGCAAUCUCCGCAAUAGUGAAUAGCAAGGAGUUAGGAGAAAUAGAUAUGCAAGAGAACACAACCCCCGCUCAUCAUGGAAAGACAAAGAAAAAAGAAAGUGCAAAGAAAAAAGAGAGAGCAAGGAAGAGGACAUCAUCUGUUUUGGAUUCUACUAAUGACACAGUCAAUGAGGAAAUGCCAGAGUAUGAUCUUGAUGGACCUACUAUCGGCGAAAAACUAGCUACUCUGGAUUUGAUCAAUAGAGAUAAUGAAAAGAAUGUUACUCAAGAGCAAACACUAUCUAUGGUGCCACCAAGUGCAGAUUCGGUCCAUAUUUUGCUCAAGCAAGCUCUGCGUGCUGAUGAUAACUCAUCAUUGCUAACUUGCUUGUAUAAUAGAGAUGAGAAGGUUAUUGCAAAAUCUAUAUCACUCCUAACACCAUCAGAUGUUGUGAAGCUUCUCAAGUUCUUCGUAUUGCAAAUACAAUCUAGGGGCGCAGUCUUGGUUUGUUUACUUCCCUGGCUGCAAACUUUACUUAAUCGGCACAUGAGCAGCAUAGUGUCCCAGGAAUCUUCUCUGUCCUUGCUCAACUCACUCUACCAGCUUAUUGAUGCAAGAACAUCAACCUUCAAGUCAGCACUUCAACUCUCUACCACUCUAGAUUAUCUUUUCAGUGAGAUUGCUGAUGAUGAAGCUGAUGAUGGAGAGGUAGGGCCACCUAUCAUUUAUGAGGACAAGGACACUGAUGAUGAAGAAUCUGAAGUUGAUGCCAUGGAAACCGACAGAAAAGAGGCUGAAGAGCUUGGGGAUGUUACUGAUGCCUCUGAGCAUUCAGAUGGAAGUGAGAUAAUGAGCGACUGAUUGACUUCUACCCUAGGACUGAACUCUCAGAUGUUAAUCCUGAUAUGGUGGUAUUCACAAAGCUUAUGAUGACUGCAAGUUCUGUGAUGAUGUUUAUCAUACUGUGUCCUAGCUGGUUGCUAUAUCUGGAUGCACUUUUUGAGUCGGCAAGUGGUAAAAACUGGAUAUAGUAUUUGUAGGAGUUUUGAUGAUAGUUAUGCUUGUGUGUUGCGAAGCUUCAUUGCAUCUAUUGCUAAACUGCAUCAUACAUUGGCUCGGUAAAGUUUGCCACCAAAGUGUAUGCUUUUUUUUGCAAGAUUCCAGUGCAAUCAAGCUGGUAAGGAUAGUGAAUGCAAUUGAGGAAAGGAAUCAUUGCCUA